CUAAGCCAACCCAGGACAACACGUGGUUGAUGGAGGCAAGCCACUAUCCACUUCAUCCAGCAAAUGAGGAUGAUGGAUACAGAGCUGUCAAGUCUCCAAAGACAACUUUUUGAGUCCCUAUAUAAAACCACUGAUUUUUAACAAAAACAAGUGAGGAAGCUUUAUAUCUGGUUCAUUUCCUUUUCCAGCAAAGUAAGAUAAAAGCGCAGUCAGCUCAGCAUGGGUAAGCACUUUGUGUCCGGCCAUGGACUCUGAUAGCAGCAGCAUCACGGAGAGAAUUCCCAGCAACAUGAUGUGCUCAGAGGAAGGACAUUCAGAUACAAGACGGAAGUCCAUGCUGGUGACCAAUUGUUUACUUGUCUUUUCGUACAUACUCAUCCUGGUCCUCUUCGUGAUCAUCUUAUCCAAAUCAAUACCUGGAUCUUCUCAGUCAGGGAACAAGACUGAACUUACUGAUUUCGGGAACAGUGAAUGGGCUACUCUCAGCAAAACUGAAUCACAUAGCCCAGAACUCACCCAGGAAAUUGAAAAGUUGAAAAUAGAAGUUAAAGACAUCAGUGUAAAGAGAGAAGCAGAAUGGGCAAACAUCACUUCAAAUAUGGAGAGGCUACAAGAUGAAGUUGCUGAACUUACCAAGAAGUUGAGCAACCGGGGAACUCCUGCAACAUCUGCAACCUGUGACAAUGACUGGCACUUACUUGGUGAGAGUUGCUAUUACGUCUCAGACACCAGUUCUGAUUGGUUAAAAGCCCAGGAUCUUUGUAAAACAAAAGGAAGUGACUUGGUUGUAAUUGCUUCUGCCUUUGAGCAGACUGCCGUCUAUAAUGUUGUAAAAGCAAAGGGACAGGAACUUACACGUUUUUGGAUUGGCCUGACUGACAUGAACAAUGAAGGCAUGUGGGAAUGGGUGGAUGGAACCAACUAUAAAACAUCGUUCAAGUUCUGGAGAGCUGGAGAGCCCAAUGAUGCAGGAGGUAAUGAAGACUGUGUUCACCUGUGGACAAACGGGGAAUGGAAUGAUGUACGCUGUACAUUUGAUGAGUGCAAUGCCAUUUGUGAGAAGAAACUCUGAGCUGAAUCCUAUACAGGUCUUAAAUGCUCAGUAGUGUUCUGCCAUUACACACUUAUUUGUAUCAGUGACCUAAGCUGCAAAUAGUGCAUACAUGAUAUUUUAAAAGGCAUAACCAUUAAAAAAAAGGUCACAAAAAUCGAUAGCAGAUAAUGUGCACCAUAAUGAUUGAUGUGGAGAUUAUUUUCACAAUCUGAAUCAAACUCGGCCUCCAUUCCUCACUGUGCCUCGUUUUAAAAUGAUUAAGCUUCUGAGCUUUGCAAUAGGAAAAAAAGCUUUACUUAUGUCAACUUAUUCUGAACUGUAGGACAAACUUGCUUUUACUUUAUCUGGCAGGGACCUAAAAUAUCAAUUUAUGAUGGAAUUCUAAUCUGAUUAUAUGUACCCCCAAACACAAGGUGCAGCUUUUAAUCUUUUUCAUCUGCAUUCCAGCAGAACAUUGUAGGGAGCUGUAAAAACCCUUUAUUCUCCUACUUGCAAAAAAAACAAUCAAGCCCUUUUUGAACUAAUAUAAUUUGAUAAUAAUCUAAUCUAAUAUAUCUGCCAGUACAACCAAUUCAGGGAGAGAAAUCCACAACUUCACAGCUCUCGCUGUACAAAAGAAAAUUUUUUCUAAUUUAAAUUGAUUCCCUCAUCUCUGCUGGAAGAGUAAAUAAAACAUGAGAGAGUUUACUAUAUGAUCCCCUUAUAUAUUUAUAGAUAUUUAUCACCUCCCUCUCUUCUUC